GACGCUGCGAUUCUGCGUAAAAUCGUGAUUACAAGACGACGAAAACGGCUGCCUCUGAAAAUGCGAGAAAACGAAAAGAGAUGGGAGAAAGUUGUGUGUACAAACAAGCGCAGGGGCAAACGCAGUGGUAAUUGCCAAUUGGUAAAUGGGAGGAUUUGCAUUUUCUAACAGAUAACGAUAUCCAUGUAUAUAUAUAUAAAUGCAUAAACCCAAAAUUUGAGAUAAUGUACAAAAUGGCUUCUUCUUCUUCCUCGAGGCCCUCUCUCUCGCCUUCUGCUUCUCGCCUUCAUCCUCAGUUCACCCCUGAAUGUGAGAGAGAAGAAAACGAAGAUGAAUUUGAAGAAGGUGGUGGUGUUGGGGGAACGCCAAGUGGAUGCGUGGAUAAACAAGAGGUGGACACGAAACACCUGGCAACGCCGCUGCACCAGAAGAGAUCGGCGAGGCGGCGGCCGGAAUCUGGGGGUGACCACGGAAGCGGCGGAGACGACCGUGGGGUCUCCUGCAACAAGUGCCGGCCGAGCAACCGCGAGAAGAUCUCGGUGGUUCCUCUGGACAAUAAUGGUCUCGGAAGGCAUUCAAUUCCGAGCCCCAACGGGAUAUUGAAGUCCAUUAUGCAUUCUCUGACGAAGAAAAGCCCGAGAACGCCGUCCGACGCGGCCGCCGGAAGGGAGGAGCAGUGGAAGAUCGCCGCGGCGGAGCUCUCGCACAAGCUCAUCCAAGCGACGCGAAAGCGGGACGAAGCUGUUCUGGAAGCUUCGCGGCUCAAGUACUCCAUGGCCGAGCUCGAGAAGAAGCUUACCAAGCUCGAAGUCUAUUGCCAAGACCUCAAGUCCGGGCUUGAAGUCUGCGCCAGCAAAAAAUCACCAAAUCGACCACUCGCCAUUAACACGAACCACAAUCAGAGCAUAACCGUCGGCGAUCACGACAAGGUCGUCGAACACUUCCUUGUUGCCGUCUCGGAAUCUCGCUCCACCGUCCGAUUUCUCAGCCGUUCACUCACUCUUCAGCUCCGGCAAAUGGGCGUCAAGGUAUUCGACAAAAUAUCUCUUCUCCUCCAACCCUACGACGUCAAAAUCUCCGUCUCCAAGAACCCCAGGGCUCUGGUUUUCUACUUCGAAUCGCUCCUGAACAAAGCCUUCUUCGAGGACUUCGAGUCCAUCGGGUUCCAGAAAAGUGCCCCGACCCAAAUCCUGAACCCAAUCGACCGUUGCUCAGCCAACUUCGCAUCGUUCACCCAUUUGCAGGGCGUGACAUGGGAAGAAGUUCUGAACAAAGGAACCCGACAUUUCAGCGAAGAUUUCAGCAAGUUCUGCGACCGGAAAAUGAACGAGAUCGUGGCUAUGCUGGGUUGGAACCGGGCGUGGCCGGAGCCGCUCUUGCAGGCUUUCUUCGGCGCGUCCAAGAGCGUCUGGCUGGCUCACCUCUUGGCCAACUCGGUGCACCCGGGCUUGCCGGUUUUCAGGGUGGAUAAAGGGGCGAGAUUCGACCCGGUUUACAUGGAAGACAUGGGCGGCGACAGGGACCGGAAACUGGUUCCGGCCGUGGUUCGGAUCAUGGUCACACCCGGGUUUUAUAUUUUAGGCAAUGUGGUCAAGUGCAAGGUGCUCUGCAGGUACCGUGGCAAGAACGGCUAUGGCGAAACGGGUCUGACACUGUCGCCCGGAUCAUAAAAAUUCACACUGGAUACGUCCUCGGCACCGAAGAAGAACAAUUUGGGGCACAGAGUCUGUAGGGUCAACGAACCGGGUUGUGUCUUGCAGAUAAGUCCAUAGAAAAGGCCAAAUUUCUUGUACAGUUUCGGCUUGUUCCCAGGGAAGCCUUAUCAUCUUGCAAUGGUUCUCUCUUCUUAACACAUUUACGGAACAUGUUUUUUAAUGGGGGCUGUAUUUCACUUGUACCAAGUGGUUUAGGUUAUAUUUGUAAGGGCAUUGUAUAAUUCAGAUUUAGCUUUUGAAAUUUUUGUGAUUUUUUUUAUUCAAACAGUCCUUUUAAUUGUUUUGGAGUUUACUAUUCUUUAACAAAUUUAUCAAAAUGCCAUUGAAACAAGAACACUUAGUCCGAAAAUGUAGAAAAAAGAUAACUAUUUUAUUCAUUGAACUAUGUAUAAUUUAUGUGUUGAAAGUUGAGAAAUAUCAGCUAUCCACUUCAGUAAAUGGACCACAAUUUUCACCUAAAAGUGAACCACAAUUUCCUAAAAUGCUCAAACAAUAUUGACUUUUACCAAAUUCAAAAAUACUCAAAACGAAAACAAAUAACUAAUGGAAAAGCAAUGAAUGAUUUAACACCGACUCAACCUGACAAAGAAAAAUAAACAUUGCAUAAAAGUAAAUUAAAACAACAUGCACUAAACUUUGGCACUCCCCUUAGUGCAUGCUUUUGGUUUAUUAAACCAAGAAUUUCACAAAAUAGCUCCAACUUUAACUUUGUGAGUGCUUUGCUGAAAAUAUAAGUAACUUGAUCACUUAUUCGAAGAUUCUUCAACUCAAACUCUUGUUCAAAGACUUUUUCUUGAACUUCAGUGUGCUUUGUUCGAGCAUGAAAUACUAGAUUUGAUGCUACCUUGACUGCACACUCAUCAUCACACCUCAAAGUGAUGUGAUGCUCCACUUUCUUGUAGAUGUUGGUAAUCAAUCGUUUCAACUAAAAUCCUUCUUGUGCAGUCAUUGUUGCAUUGCAGUUACUCUACUUCGA